AUGUACAUAUUCUUACUUUAUCUACAGUUCAAUUCUGACCGAGGCUUCUUAGUUCCUGUAAGCCCCCUGCCAACCAGUUCGGAGUUGCUAACUGAGGAGGCGUUGUCUGAUGGUGGUGACUCUGAGGAUGACCACCCGCUGUCUUCAUUGACAAGUACCCAAAGCAUAGACGGCAGCCACCAACUUGGAGAAAAGAGAAGUCAGCAGGAGGAGGAAGUAUCGAGAAAGAGGAUGAAGCACAAAGAUACUAUGGACGAUGCGAUCUUCACCAAGAAGAUUGGAACUAUUGAUCUCCAGCUGAGAAACCUCUCAGAACCCAAAACACAACGCUGUUUAAGAACGGUUGACACUGUAUUUGUGGAGGAACUAGUGAAGAAGUUCACUAAGGAUCCCUCUGCUCCAGGUGUACCUCCGAUUGCUGUUCUGUGCAUUUCUGUUGAGAGCAUAGAUGUGUUUGACACCAACAGAGUGGACGCCUAUAAGUACGAGCUGCUUGGAGGCCAGCAUACAGCCUUGGCAAGAAGGAUAGUAGCAGCCAAGUCUCCAGACAAUACGUUGCUACAGACUGUCCUUGCUGAGGUGUAUGUUGGUCUGACAGACGAUGAAGCACUUAGGCUCGCCUCUCGCCACAACACAAAUAGUCAUUUUAUCCACAAGAUGACACAUCGGGACUAUCUUGAGGCCUGCCGAUCGAAACUGUUUUCAAUGUGCGGUAAGGCUCCUGAGGAGGAAACCCCAAAAGACUCGGUGGAAUGGAAGGAUGUGUGCAAGCGAUGCAUUUUACCUCAGGAUAUGGGCCGCUGCACAAUGGAGAAUAUCUUUAAGCAGGCAAGCUUUACUAAGGAAGUCUGGGCAUUGGCCGUAUCGGUCAUGAACUUGUACGAGGAGGGGGAGCUGAAAGACCAGACCCUCUCAACAAAAUCUCUGACUACAAAGCCCGAGUUUAAGCAGCAAAAUUUUAGCCCAAUCCAGUGCCUUCCUGAUGAGUUCAAGCUGGAAAUGUUAUCAAAGGUUUCAAGCAGUGAGCUAAGCCUUGCCGAAUUAAAGGAAGAAGCUACCAGCUACAGAUCAAGAAAGUCUCUGCAAAGGGCUUUCUGCAAGAUAACUACUUCCAGUACGUGGUGCGAGGCAAAACGUAGAUUUCCUGCCUUCACUACCCCAGAGCGUCUGAGGACAUUCCACCAGAUAUGUUUAACCAAAACAAUACCGGCGUCUUUUCGUUCAUAUUGUGAGGCAGCUCUAAAAGCAGAAAAAUCAGGCAGCACAGACAACACUGUUGUCCCCUCGGCUGAUAUAUAUAAGUUCAGGCACUGCAAGGCUUAUGUGGUCGAAGGGGAUGCAGCAAACAUGUGCUGCCAAGAUGUUAGGGAUGUCUACCCUACAUUCAUGGGCUCAAAUCUCUUCCUGGCUGACAUACCCGUGGCGUGGACAACAGAACAAAUUCAAAGCCUUGUGUACACCACAAAACAGCUGAAUACAAUACCCGAGAAAACUGUGAGCACAUUUAAUGUUGCAUUGAUUAGCACCAGUCUCUCAAAAAUUGAAGAACUGAAGAAUUGUUUGUUGAAGUGCUACGAACACGUCAGUGUGUGCUACUGGCAGACAGGGUGCACAGGUGGCUUAGAUUCCACUCAUCCACUGGGAUUUAUCCCAUCAAUUGGAUGUGUGGUAGUGGGACACUACUCACUCAGUGGAAAGCUGGAGGAGGACCACUUUAACUUCGUUGAGGAAGGGCGGUCCAAUUUCUUCCCCUGUAUUGAUCAAUCCACUGCUAAGAUUCCGAUUUGUGUGCUGACAGGCAUUAUAAAGAAGCUGUCUUUUGAAGGGAGCACUGUUAUUGAUGCCACAAGUGAAUCUGGUAACUGUGCAAUUGCCUCACUACAAGCAGGAAGAGAUGUGGUGGUACUCAAGGCAUUGGCCCAAGCAGCACUUGCAAGAAGCCAGCUUGCAGAACUGUCAACAACAUAGCUAGCUAUGGACUAGACUAUACUAUACUGUUUCAAGCGUUCCGUUAACUUCUAUGUUACUUUGUAUAUGCGGAGUAUACGACUCGAUCUUCAUCUUAUUGAAUGUUCAUCUGGUUAAGCAAGUCAAUGGGUAUCAAUAGAAAAUAAUUGGUGUUCUCUAAUCUUUGAGAAAUUAACAGGGAUAUUAAACUAAAAAAAAUGAUUAUGAACAAAAAACAUAGCAUAUUAAAAUAAAAGAGAAAAGGAACUUUUAACAGUGAA